CUUUCGAACAGUGCAUUUCUAACCGCGCGCGGUGUUAUACAUACUGUUGUUUUCCUGAGCAUUUCCCUGUCUAGACGUCAUGUUGAUCCUGCGAGGACUCCCUGGUUAAUCGCUGUUGCAUGCAGCAUGCAAUCGAACCGCUGUGAGGUAACCGACAUUCGGCAGAUGUCUGUGUUUCCGGUGUAAAUAUUGUCAGUUUUUUAGUGUUUUUUUUUAGUUUCGCGUUUAGUUCAAGCUCGAAAGUAGUGGUUAGCAAUUUUUUCAAUCAGAUGUUCCGAAAAUUUUAAGUGUUUACAUCGUUAUUUCAAUCCUUCAAAACAUCAAGGGCAUGCCUCGGUGGAACUGUGUCUCACGAACACAAUAUGAAAACUUCUUUCGAGAGAACGGCGGUGAUAAGUGAAUGAUCGGUCCUGAACUUCGGAAAGAAAAAUGGAAUCUACCCAUUCAUCUUGCAGAAUACUGGUCGGGGUCAGUCACCAGGCGGCAAAAUUCCUGUUGAUUUUGUUGGUGUUUUUCACAUUCCUGCAAGGACGGUCAGGAUUUUCUGGUUUUGGCCCCGAAGUGAAACCAACAAAAGGAGCUCUCUGGCCGAGACCAAGCUACGAAAGGCGAUUUAAUUUCUCUUUCGCUAUCGACCCGAAAGAUUUUGAGUUUCAGAGCGUGGGCCAGACCUGCCCGAUCCUCGAGAAAGCGCUGGACCGCUACAAGCUCCUGAUAAAAAACGCCGUUCGAUAUGGGAAGGUGGACGCUGCAUACAAUAAGGACUCACCCGCGGAGGUGGACGCAACCAAGCUGCCAGCCCUCAGGGUGGACUUGAGGAGCCCUUGCGAGGAGAUUCCCUCGGACAACAUGGAUGAGUCAUAUAAUCUGACGGUGAGUCAUUUCUCAUCGGCCCUUCUAUUCAUGAAUCGCAUAUCAGCAAACUCGAUAUGGGGCAUUCUCAGAGGUCUCGAAUCCUUUUCACAAGUCCUCGUACCGGAUAAAACAGGCCGCAUGUUAAUAAUGGACGGGAUUUUCAUAGAGGACGAGCCUCGCUUUAAGCACCGUGGGCUGUUGCUAGACACAUCAAGGCAUUUUUUCUCUGUUCCGGAAAUCCUGCAAGUGCUUGACGGCAUGGCAUAUAACAAGUAUAACGUCUUUCAUUGGCACAUCGUCGACGAUCAGUCCUUCCCUUAUCAGAGCGUGGUCUACCCGCAACUCAGCCUUAAAGGAGCAUAUCAUCCAGAGCUGGCAGUUUAUUCACUUUCUGACAUUGAAAAUGUCAUUGAUUUUGCAAGAGAUCGUGGUAUUAGAGUUAUCCCCGAAUUCGACACUCCAGGUCAUACUCUAUCUUGGGGUGCAAGCGUGAAGGGACUUCUGGCCCAGUGCAACACAACUGGGGAAUACGGGCCCGUCGACCCGUCAGAACCAAACAAUUACGUUUUCCUCCAGAGAUUGCUCAUCGAAAUAGCGUCUGUUUUCAAGGAUAAAUACAUCCAUCUCGGCGGCGAUGAAGUCGAAAUUAAGUGCUGGGAGGAUAAUCCAAAGAUAGCUUCAUUCAUGAACAAAUACAACAUGAGCAGGAACUUCACUGAACUAGAGACGUAUUACUUCACGCGCCUGCUGAACAUCACAAAUCUGCUCAAUCUAAAACCUGUAGUGUGGCAGGAAGUUUUCGAUUUUGGUGUCGAUCUGGACCCCAAGACCAUCAUUCACGUGUGGAAGUCUGAACCAGAGGCCAUGAAACCGAUCGUGUCUCGGGGCUACGAGGCGCUGUUCUCCUCGUGCUGGUACCUGGACCACCUGAGCGAGACGUGGCGGAGCUACUACCACUGCGACAUCCUGGACUUCGACGCGACGUCGGAGGAGCGGACGCUGGUCAUCGGCGGGGAGGCCUGCAUGUGGGGCGAGUGGGUGGACGAGACGAACGUGUCGCCGCGGAUCUGGCCGCGAGCCUGCGCCCCGGCCGAGCGUCUCUGGAGCUACGGAAGCCGCUUCCCCCACCCGGACACAGCCGCCCGCCUCGAGGAGCACGCCUGCCGCCUCAAACGCAGGGGCAUCCCUACCGCCCCGCCCAACGGACCCGGCUACUGCCCGCUUCUGUAAAGACAUUCGAAUAAACACGUUUUUUGUACUUUU